CAGAGACGAACGUGAUGCAAAAAUUCGCGCAGUGUUGCGCGCGGUUGAUAUUGAUAUUAGUGUUUUGUGGUUCAAGCAAAAGUACUUCUGUAGAGAAAAUUAUUUCACAAUAUAGUCACUUCACUUCCUUUAUCAGGGUGAUGUUUGACAUCAAGAUAUAGCAAUCAAAUUUCGGAUGAUCACUUUUCUUUUCUACACCCCCUCGUUGAACUACUAGCGCCCCCUAUGGCUGGCCUGGACGACUACAAGUUCUACAUGGCAGCACGCGGGGAAGACUCUCCGUUCUGGGAGCGUCGUCUGCCGGAGCGUCGGGCGGGGGGCAGUGCUCGCCCAACGUCCCUCCCCCUGCCCGAGCAGACGACCGAGCCGGCCACCUCCCCCAACACCCAGUACCUGGUGGUGGCCACGAACGCGGCCGGACUGAUUGUGGAGCACGUUCUGACGCACCCGUUUGUGGUGCUGCGCCGGCAGUGUCAGGUGAAUGCCACUGCCCGUCGCUACCACCUGACGCCGGUCACUCUAGCGCCGGUGCUGUUCAACCUACACCGCCAUCAGGGACUGGGGGUUCUCUGGAAGGGACUGGGGAGUGCGGUGAUCGUGAAGGGCCUCCGACUGGCCGCUGAGGAUCUGGUGAGCAAGGUGGCACCCUGGCCGCGGGAGCUGGCCCGCGGCAGCUCUGCGCGCCAGGCCGGCCGCCACCUACUGCUGAAGACGGCCGGCCUGAUCGCCGCGGCUCCGUUCUCGGCAGCGAGUCUGACAGAGUCGGUACAGUCGGAGGUGGCCAGCGAGCGGCCGGGCGUGCUGGACGUGUUCACAGAGGGAGCGUUCCGCGCCGUGGCCGGUCUGACGCCGUACAGCGGCGGGCGUCUGCUGCCAGUGUGGACCCUGGUCGUACCGGCUGCUCUGCACGGUAUCCUGCACUACAUCCUGAGUGCCAUCGGCGCGGAGGUCGCCUCUGCUGUACUCCGUAUCCUACGCGACCGAGCCGAGCGGCGGCGCGGGGCGGUGCCGCGCGCGCGCCAGCCCCUGGACAGGUGCCACCAGCAGCUGGCCGUGGCGGCGGUGGGUCGCUACUCGGCCGACCUGCUGCUCUACCCGCUGGAGACGGUGCUGCACCGGCUGCAGCUGCAGGGCACGCGCUCCAUCGUGGACAACCUGGAUACGGGAUCCUCGGUACUGCCCGUCAGCACGCGCUACGAGGGCGCCCUCGACUGCUUCUUCACCAUCCUAGAAGAUGAGGGCGUAUCGGGUCUGUACAAGGGAAUCGGUACACUGGCGGCUCAGGCGGCUACGCACGCCGCGGCGCUGUACGCGGCUCGCUGGAUAAUCGGCCAGGUGGCGCUGCUGGCUGCCGACCAGCCGCCGCCCUCGGCAGCGGCCUCCAGGGACAACCUGACGCAGAUGCUGGAAACACCCGUAUCAGGGAUCCCCGGCGCAGGAGAGCCCGACGACUCCGAGCUCGACGGUCGGUGGAGGGAGGUGCGCACCCCUCUGACGCCGGCGGCUGAUAGGUAUGAUCGGUACGCCGAGUUCGAUCGGUACGCGGGGUUCGAUAGGUACCGAGAUCAGUUUUGAGAGGGUUAGCUAGAGAAGGUCGGAAUAAAUUGUCUCGGCGACAUUGGUGGUUGGCCAGUAUUGAGCAGCGAGGAAUGCGUCAACGAAAGAUAAAGGAUAUGAUGCGUGGUCUGUAAUGAGCCGUUAGUGCAAUCAAAAGCACUCGGUAUCAGUCUGUGUGAUCAGUCAUACCAUUUGUGAGGUUGAGCUUGGUUGUGGCUGCUUUUGUCAGCUAGUUCGCAAUGUGUAUAGGUGAUUUAUUUCUCGGUCGCUGGGGCUAUGUCACUGACAACAGUUGUUAUUGUAGUCAAGUCAAGCAGGAAAUGUUAUCCAGCUCCAAGCAUUUGUUAUGCUUCAAACCAGUAUCAUGGUCAGCAAACUUUGUUGAGAAGUUGUGAGCCGACUUUGCUGCUCAUGGCGAGCUUGGUUGAGAACGAUUUGUGAUACUGGUGAAGUCACGCAGGGCGAGCGUGUGUUAUGCAUGAAGCUGUUUUUUGUUGCAUUUGCCCAUUUGAAUGCCAGAUUUGUGUUUUGUCAGUCAAUUGGACAAACUUAACUGGCUUUUGCUGACGCUUGUAGACGAGUGAUGUCGAUGCUAGAGAAUUGGCUCGUUUAGUCGGUGAAUUAAUUGGGCCUCUGUUUUGCCCACUGACAUUUGGCGAACACCUGAAUCCCGGUGAAUCGGUGGAGGCAGAUUGUGCCAUGCUGCCACCUGAGCGCGGCCCAUCCUUGCUCGGUAUAACUGGUGACCCAUUAGCUCUACCGAUAGAGAUUAGGCCUCGUGGUGUGUAGAGGCUGGGUGUCGUUACUACCGUAUCGCUAUGGUGACCCACAAUGGCAGGCCUCACCUUUAAUUUCAUUUACGGGUCGCCUGUGGACUGCCCGACCAGUCAUUUAUGCCAUUGAAUGGCUGCUUGAUCUGUGCAGUUGGCGCCCUCAAGAUGCAAUAAAUGAAUCGGACGAUUU